AUGUUUGAGUCUAAGUUCCAGAUUGCUGACAUUCAAUGUACUUCUGCAGCCUGCUGUCGUUUUGUUACUUAUCUAUUCCUUUAUCGUAAUGCACCAACUGACGCUCAACCCUCUCGUCCUCCUAGUGAACUCUUAGGCGCCUUUUUAUUGAUUGCUGGUUCUAUAUUAUUUAUGGCCUCUAAUUCAGGCACCUUACUUUGGUUACGACGAAAUAAUGUAGACAGUAUGUUCUUAAUGAAUGUGUGUGUUGCUUUGACUGCCAUUACUCUAUGUUAUGUUGCUGCUUUACAGAUCAUUAAAGCUUGGGCUGAGAGAAGAGAAGCUUUUAAGCAGGGAGAACGUAAUCAACAAAAUAUGGAACAACAACGAUAA